UCGGCACUACCAUUUGAUCAUAUUUAAUCAAUGUAAAAUUACUAGUAGCGUGACACUCCCUGUUGGAUUCAGUAGAAACCAGGAACACAAAGAAGAAUUAUAAUAUUGAAAGAGGAAUAUGAACUUUACCUAACCUUUUAAACUAUACGCUUCCUGAUUACAGCACGGAACAAGCACUAAAUUUUCCAAGAAAAGUUUUACAAUUCUAAAUAAUGCUUCAUUUAGUUCUAUUUUCACUACUUGCUUUUGUGUUUGUGGACACAGCUAAAGAAUAUUUACUCUGUAACUCUUCAAAUCUAGAAGUCCGGUAUUCACUGCAUGAUGAAAAUAACCAUCCAAAUUUCUACAUGCAUCCUUGUGUUAUUGACACCAAAACAGAAAUCAAUUUUUCUAUGUCAUGGAUUCCAAGAAUAGAUUUACAUGUUAUCUAUCUAACAGUUGAUACUUGGCUUCAGUCUGCAAAAGUUUUUGAAUAUAAAUAUGAAAUAUGUUCAGGAACUGACCAUGAGUUCCCAUUUUGUGGUGCAUUAAAAGGAGAAACAAUAACCAUAAGCAUAGUAAAAGUUCCGAGACAUGUGCCUUAUUUCACGGGCUCAUUGAUUGCAAAAUUGCUCAUUUUUGCUGGGGAGCAAAAAGAGUUGGCGGUUGGAUGUAAUGUUACCUUCUUUGUCAAGAAAUACAUACUUUAAAGGGACAUUAAACACUAAAUAAUUGCUAGAUAUAAUUAUGCAUUCAAAGAAAAGAAUAGUCUGAGAAUAACAUGUAGUUGUAUUUUUAAAAGUUUCAUUAGCUGUUUAAAUAUUGACAAAAUAAGUGUAAAGUUUUAAUGUCUAUAAAUCAAUGGGAGCUGCCAUGUUGUAACUUAAGUUACUUUCUCUGCUGUGACCAAUUAGGGAAAGUUAAAUAGGUCACUAGAGUGUGCAGCCAAUAGCUGUGUGGAAUAGUACAGUGCUCUACACUUCAAUUUCUAGUAGGAACUGAAAAGCUCACAAUUUCAGAAUGGAAAUACAGGAAACGGGGACAAAAUACAAAUUUAAAGUAUAUUGCAGAUAUAUAUAUAUAUAUAUAUAUAUAUAUGAUUUAUGAUUUUAUAUUACCAUUUCAAAGUGGUUUAUUUCCCUUUAAGCUGUAUGAACUAUUUUUUAGCUAAUAUGGUACCUAAUCACCAAAACGAUAAUACAAAUUUGUAGUCACUUUAGAAGCAUGACAGUGUUCCGCACUUCCAUUUCUAGUCAGGAACUGAAAAACACACAAUUUCAGAAUGGAGUUACAGGAAAAGGGGACAAAAUCAAUAAUGAAAAUAAAUAUAUUACAGAGCAUUUUUUAUAUAUACAAUGUAUCAUUUUAUAUUACCAUCUCAAAGUAUUUAAUGUCCCUUUAAUGUAUAUGCUGAAAACAUUAAAUCAUUAUAUGAACUAUCUCCAUAUUUAAAUACAUUAAUAACAGAUUUCAUAUCUGCCAUGGCAAUAUCUCAAAUGCUAUGUAUAACUAAAUUCAUUAUAAUAAUUUAACAAAAUCAGCACAUUAUUAUUUGUCAUAAGUUAUUGAUUCAUGCAUUUUGAAUUUAUUAAGCUAAAGGGACAUUAAAAUGAAUGAGAUAGUAAAGACAACAUUAAACUUUCAAUAUUGAGAUGAAGAAUGUAAUUUUAAACAACUUCACAAUUUACUUUUGUCACCUAAUUAGCUUUUUAAUCUUGGUAUCCUUUGUUGAAGGAUUAGCAAUGUACUGCUUGGAGCUAGCUGAACACACUGGGUGAGCCAAUGAAAAGAGACAUAUAUAUGCGCAGCCACCAAUUAGGGGCUAGCUCCCAGUAGUGCAAUGCUGCUUCAGAGCCUAUUUAGGUAUGCUUAGUAAAUAGUAAUUGAGGUAUUUUGCUGGCACUUGUUUUUAUAUACUUUUUAUGACAUUUCAUUUGCUAUUAACACUCUGUGGAUACCAUCUUAAACUUUGUGGGGCUGAUAUUGUUUAUGUGCAUAGGCUAGUUACAGGUGAUUUAUAUAUAUCAUAUGUAUAUAUAUAUAUAUAAUAUAAUGUAAAUAGCAAUUUUGAUACGUUUAUAGGAAUAUGUUUAAAAUCUUUUGCAUUAUGCUUUCAUUUAUUGCUUUGAACUGAAAAAAACCAAGACAAACAGGAUUACUUUUGAGAUACUCCUGGAGUAAUUUGAUGAUCAUCAAUUUACUUUAGAGGUCAUUUGCACAUCAUCAUACUAAGGUAAUGACUUCAGAAUGAUUAGCAGAUUACCUUACGGAUUACUUCACAAGCAUGAACAGCCAUUGAAUGACUCUAGAGUCAUCUCAUUUAAAUAUUUUGGCCUGUGGGCAUACUUCAGAAUGGCUUCUGAUGACUAGGCCUGGAGUCAUUGAUUACUUCAGAAUUACUCCAGGCAGAUUAUCCUUUUUGACUAGGGAAGUGAAUACCAUCUUGAAUUUGAAGGGGCAGACAGCUAUUAUGUUUACUAGCCAAUUAGUUAGUCAUUUUAAAUGGGGACACUUGCUGAAACGCGUCUGUAGUGUCAUGUUCUUUCUUGCGUGUGUUUUUAAUUUUAGACUACAAUAAAGUUGGAUUUUUAGAAGCUAGCAGUGGAUCCAUUUUUU